GGGUCGCAGUCGUGCUUGUUAAUCCGGGCUCGAGCGUACAAAACGCAUAGGAAAGCGACAAAAAACGGCAGCUUCAACAAACAAUCCUUAUCUCGCACGCUUCCCGACGCCCAAUUUCCACUUUAAAGGAAGAUUACAGUACUCCGAGUCUCAGCGGUUCAACUAACCAUUUCUUUCCCAAAUCCAUACAUUCCUUCCUUCUGAAAGAAUCGGCACGAAAUGGAUCCCGCAGAUUCAAUCCUGGUCGCCGGCGACCCGAACGGAAUAGUCACGAUCACGAUCAACCGACCGAAAUCGCUGAAUUCGCUCACCCGGGCCAUGCUGGUCCGCCUCGCAAGGGAGUUCAGCGCCCUCGGCCGCGAUGAAUCCACCAAGGUCAUCAUCCUGACCGGGUCGGGCCGGGCGUUCUGCUCUGGCAUCGAUCUGACGGCGGCGGAGGACGUCUUCAAGGGCGACGUGAAGGACGUGGAGACCGACCUGGUCGCGCAGAUGGAGCGGUGCCGGAAGCCGAUCAUCGGGGCGGUCAACGGGUUCGCCGUCACCGGCGGGUUCGAGAUCGCGCUCGCUUGCGAUAUCUUGGUCGCUUCCAAAGGAGCUAUGUUCAUGGAUACUCACGCCGUUUGGGAUAUUUCCUUCAUGGGGUCUUUCCCAGAAGCUGUCGCGGCUAGCAGGGGCGAACAGAGCCCGUGAAGCAUCGCUGACAGCAAUGCCAAUCACGGCGGAGCAGGCGGAGAAAUGGGGGCUGGUCACCCACGUCGUGGAAGAAGGCGAAGCAUUGAGGAAAGCCCGGCAAAUCGCAGAAGCCAUCCUUAAGAACAAUCAGGACUUGGUGUUGAGGUACAAAGCCGUGAUCAACGACGGGCUGAAGCUGGACCUAGGCUCUGCUCUCUCUCUCGAGAAGCUGGUAGUAACUGGGACGAUGUGAAAUGAGAUCAUCAGGAAAGGGCGCACAGCUACUACGACGGGAUGACGAAGGAGCAAUUCAAGAAGAUGCAAGAGUUCAUCGCUGCCCGCGGCUCGAAGAAGGGUUCUUCCAAGUUAUAGUACUUCGAUUCAAUUCAGCAUCCGCAUUGUGGAAUAAGAGAUGGGGGGAAAUUGGAAAUGCAGUUCUUUUUAUGGAGAAAUGAUUAAUAAGUUGGUAUUUGGAAUCCCGUUCUGAUUUGUGUUCUUUAGCGCGCCAUUGCGCAAAAUCAUAAGGCUGAUGGAGAGUUUCUCUGCGUGGUUGGUUUAGCUGAUGGAGUUGAUGAGAGUUUCUCUACUUAGUUAGUUUAUCUGAUGGAGUUCUUGGGCGAUGUCUCGGUUAGGCGAUUGAGUUAUCGUUCAUGUGGGUGUGGUUGGUUUUGAAUAGAGUUGGACAAUUUUCAAUCCAAU